GAGAGAGAGAGAGGACCCACGAUGUUUAAAGACUAAUGAAAGAUCAAUUGCUGCUUUACAUGCGCCUUUAUCCUCACUUCAUCUGAGAAAAUGAUACCGUGUUCUUAAGAACAGAAACCAAGGAAAACCUUUAGAUUCAAUAGCUUCAAUGGGUCCGGAACUCUUAUAGGAUGAGCAAUUUCACAACUAGUAUGCUCCGAAACCUUUGGAUUGUUCUUUGUUCAUGAAUCUUUUCAAGUUUUUCACAGCUCUACAAAUUUGGUUAUGGCAUCUUUCCUUCUUUCAAAGUAAGGCGUGUAACGUGUUUGAAAAAAAGCUUGGUUUGUGUGGUCUCAUGAAUUUGCAAUGGGAAAGAAAAGGAGUUGCUUUAGUUUGGUGAAUAGAUUGUGUGUCUCUGAGGCACAACCAAACACCGAAAAGAAAUCAAAUAAGUGGAGAUGGGCUUUUGGAAGGCUUAAGCAGAGCCCUGCAAUUGCAGCAGGACAGAAAACACUGAGCGAAGCAACAGAGGAGCAGAAAAGGCAUGCGUUGGCUGUCGCCAUUGCAACGGCAGCUGCAGCUGAGGCUGCUGUUGCUGCUGCCAAUGCUGCAGCUGAGACUGUUCGCCUAACGUGCUCCCAUCAAUCUUCCAAUGAUUAUGACAUGUGGACGCGAAACUUGGCUGCAACUAAGAUUCAAACUGCUUACAGGGCUCAUCUUGCAAGGAAAGCAAUGAAGGCAUUGAAGGGAUUGGUGAAGCUUCAAGCAAUAGUUCGAGGUCAAAUUGUGAGACGACAAGUAAUCACCAAACUGAAGUAUUUGCCUUCCCUUACAAACGCACCAUCACAAUUCCAUCAAAUGAGAGUUCCAAAUGCGGAUGAAAGAUGCAAAGAUGGUGAAAAGAAACAUUUUCCAAGCUCAAAAAAGUCUUCAGAAGCAAAAGAAAUGAAGCUUGAAUACAACAGUAGAAGUUGGGAUUACAGCUUGUCCUUAAGGGAAGACGCGAAAGCAUUGCGGUCAAGAAAGCAAGAGGCCAUCAUAAAAAAAGACCGCAUGAAGAAAUACUCCGUUUCCCAUUGGGAAAGAAGAAGUGAUCAAAGUCCUGAAAAAUCAAAAUUGAGCAAGGAACACAGCCACCUGCUUGAAGAAUGUGAAAAUGCUGAGACAUAUAAAAGGAGAGAGACAGAGAAGUUGAGGUCAACUAUUCAUUCAAAAUCAACAGCCAGUGAGACUUACGGAACACGGUUUAAACUGAGAAAUGCAUAUAAACAUGAUUCAGUAGAAGAAUCAAAUUCGCCAUCUUCACUCCCGAGGAGAUCAUUUUGCCGCACGAAACAGAAAUCAAUUGGAAAUGAGAGCUCAUUACCAAACUCUCCGGUUUUUCCUACUUACAUGGCUGCCACAGAAUCUGCAAAGGCGAAGGCAAGAUCAAUGAGCACGCCAAAGCAACGUCUAGGAUUUCUAGAUACUUACUCUGGUCACACUUCACCACAAAAGAUCAAACUUUCUCCAUGGUCUUCUUUUAAUGGUGAAGUGACCUGCACUAAUGGAAGGAGUGGCACUUUUAGAUACUCACAAAUAUAAAAGGACUUGAAGUUCAAUGGGGAUGCUUUCAGAAGAUUAUUUCCAAGCUUUCCUUAUAUUGAUUGUUUGUUCACUCAAUGGUCUAACAAGUCACUGAAGAAACUUCAAAUUCAGGUGUAUUUGCAUACUCUGUAUGUUGUGAGAUAUGGCUAUAUGGAGUCUCAAUGGUGUCCCAACACGCUAUGAGAAGAUGCAUUUGAAACAUCUUUUUUAAAGUAUAUUUGUAAAUUAUUCAGAUAUAUAUAUAUAUUUUUUCUCCAUUACUAUA